AUUACCGGCAAACCUUUUUAAUUCUUAUGGAUAUAAAAUGUUACUGCUUGGAAUCUGCUUUCUUUGGAGUGUUAGCCCUUUACUGCUUAGAGCGUAUCCUGUGGAAUCCGAGAUUAACUCCAAGGAACCUAAUGUCCUUACUGCACAGUUGUCCGAUCCAGCUGACUAUCCCGAUCUAACAAAUGGCCUUACUGAUGCUGAAGUUCAAGAAAGCCUUCAAGAUCUAACCCUAGAAGACCUAAAUUCCUUAAACAAGCUGCUCGAUGAGCACAUGAGUCGAGACGAGGAUGCAGACUCAGACGCUAGUUUAAAAGCACAGAGUAGACAUGCGAAGGCCGCUAAGAGCAAGCAAAAGCCCCAACCCUUAAAUGUAGCUCUAGAUGAUGGUUGCCGGGAUGAGGAGGAUUCCGACGAUACCAAGCCAAGUCAAUGUAGCAAACGACCCACAUGCCCGACAACCACCAAGCGCUGUCCAAAGAAAACAACUUGCUCGCCUAAAACCACACGAAUUUGCACCAAUAGACCUAUUGAUAACUGCAAGCCUAAAUCUGGUGGCUAUAUGGACGAUGACCUGAUCAUUGCUACUACUAAAUGUCCUAAGCCAAAAAACAAGAAGUGCAAGAAAGCGAAAAAUGACUUCGAAUGCGAGGAUGAUGAUUUCCUGUGCCAUGCCAGCAGGGGUUCUAGAGGUAAGGAGGGAAUGAGCAAUCUUCAGGAAGAGGAAGUGAACCCUCCAGCUGAAUAUGUUCCAGGAAGGGAGCUAGCUGGGAUAGAACAGCUGGGUGACGAGAUCAUACCCGAAUUCAAUGAUAAAGGGGAACUAUUGGAUGAAUCCUUAAAUUUUGAGGAGAUCAAUGUGGAUCAGCCCGCACAAUUGGAUAAAGAAAACUCCAAUAUUGAAAAUAAGGUUAACAUAGGGUUAGUAAAUCAGGACAAUAUGGAGCAAGCACUUCAGUCUGACUUAGUAAAAAAUAGUAAGGUUAGUUUAGAACAGACACAAUCGAAUUUCAAGAAGGAUUUUCGGGCUGAUAUAAAGGAUAUGGAACAUGAAGGUCAGAAAAAUUUAAAGCAGGAAGAUCAAGUAAGCUUUAAGCAAGAAGCUAAGACUAACUCUGAUCUUAAUAAUAACGAAAUGAUGAAACAAGAUCAAGUAUCUAAAUUAAAAGAGGAGAACCAAGCCAAUUUCGAUCUGGACUACCAGGCUGAUUUUGAGCAAGAACACAACGCUAAUCUUGAGAUAAGAAAUCAGGGCAAUUUUAAUCGAGAACACCAGUUAAAUUUAGAUCAGGAAGAAAAACCUUACAUCAAGUUAGCAAGCCCAAGUAAUUAUCAGGAGGAACAUUCAGCCAAUGGUGAUUUGCAAAAUCAAUAUACUUAUAGGCAUUUAAACUCAGAAAAGGGACAUCAGCUAAAUUUUGAUGAUGAAUAUCAAACUAAUAUGUAUCAAGGUGAACAAAAGAUAUGUCAGGAACAGAAAAAAUCAAAUAUAGAAAGGUUUCAGCAGCCUGGUAACGAACCAGUGGUAGAAGAAGCAGAUUCACCUUAUCCCUACGAGCGCCAUGAGCUCUCCAGUAUUUCCCAUCGAAAGAGAGAACAAGCUGAAGCGGAAAAACUAUUGGAAAAGCAAAUGCAAGGCAUAGAUAAUAGAAAGCAAACAAUAACCAGGGAUGAGCUACUGCCCCUAGACGCUGAUCCAGCCAAACCGGAAACCUUUUUCGAUACUGACAGUUUCAUUGCCAAUAGUGCUCGUGAUCCCCCUCGCUAUUUAAUUCAAAUGCAAAAUGACUUUAUUCAAAGUACAAACGAUCAUGGCGAACGACGAUUGCGUGAGGAUCGGAGCCAAAGCGAGAAAUUGAACCUGGACAAACUCACUGAAGGGAAUAACAGCCCCAUGGAGGAUUUAAAUUUGGAAUCCAAGUACAGAAGGAACAAGCGAGAUAACAAAGAAACUGACGAUGCCCCCGAGAACUCCAAAGAAACUUAUAUAAAAAAGCUGAUGGAUUCAUUUCCCCGUGAUCAGGGCGGUCAGAUCAAUGCCAAUGCGGCGCUGAGAGGCUUUAAUCUCGGCCAUUUGCGCAUUAAGAGAAGUUGAGUUACAUUUUGUUUUUGUCACAAUGCCUGAUUAACUUCGUUGUAUAUUUUAUAAGCGCAAUAUAUUGAUAACAAAAAUAAAUGCGAAGAAUGAAA